UGACGGUUUUGACGCUCAGUACAGACCCAACGUCCUCCGGCAACACAUCGGGCUUGUAAUAAUGCUUCUCGCUUGUGAACAAACAAAUACGUAUUAAAACGUGCGUCGUUUUAUGCAUGUUUUGCUAAAUAACCUUGUUUCCCAUCUACAUCUAUCACCAAAAUUCUCAUUAUACAGACAAACGAAUUUCGUAUGAGCAUGGCUGUGUAAGAAAAUUCUGCGAGAUUCUUAGACGAAAUGCUCCACCGAAGCACCUCGUCUCGUCGCAGACGAGCAUCACGAAGUGCAGCCUCAUCUCCUCAAACCCGUCCUUCUCGCUCGGCUGGAACAAGCCCCGGUCGUCGAGCAAGCAUUGCAGUUUCACCAGUGGACAGUGAGCGAGCCUCCAGAAACACCCUCGCACCUGAAAUAAACCGCAGUCCACGACACAGCAUCAUUCCAGACAUUUCCCUAGAUUCGGAAAGUCUUCGAAGCCCUCGACACAGUCUCGCCCCGGAAGUCCUAAGUCCAAGAAAUAGUCUAGUUCCGGACACUGCAGGCUUGAGAAGUCCAAGACAUAGUCUAGUGCCAAAUGACACUUACUCGCGAAGUCCUCGAAACAGUUUAGUGCCCGAUUCUGCGUUAAGUCCUCGAAAUAGUUUAGUGCCGGAUAGUUUUAAUCGAAGUCCGCGAAAUAGUCUCGUUCCGGAAGUUAGUAAAAGUGGCCGAAAUAGUCUAGUCCCGGAUUCGAAUCGUAGUCCUCGACACAGUUUAGUACCUGAUAGUAAUACCUAUGGUUCGAGGGCAAAUUUAGCACCGGAUUUUAACCGAAGUCCCAGAAAUAGUCUUAUUCCUGAUUCAAGCAGAACCCCAAGAGCUAGUCUCACACCGUCCGAGUCCACAACAUGGCACAAAGAUGAAGAGACGGGGAGCAGAAGUCCACGUCAUAGUAUACAGGUUCCAGAUAGCAGUCGAAGUCCUAGAGGAAGUAUAGCUCCUGAAAGUCUCUGCGUUAGGACGAGUCCGCGUGGAAGCAUAGCUGGGGAAUAUCCAUGCGAUCGAAGCCCUCGAGGGAGUAUUGGGCCUGAAAGUGGUGGUGAGAACAGGAGUCCGAGAGGAAGCAUCGCCAGAAGUACGCUGAAUGCGGAGGAUUGUGGUCGAAGUCCCAGAGGAAGUCUGACGUUGACUUUCCAGGAGCCGCCUGCUAAUGAACGACGCUCGAGUGCAGACAAUCCUUCCGGAUCAAGGAGCGGAGGUCGUAGCACAUCUCCUUAUAGAUCUUCCUCAAGAGGCGCAGUCAAUGCGGCUUACAGCGGGAAUUCUGGAUUCUCGGAGAGUGGAUCCAGACGUGCCAGCAGCUCUGUUAGCCAGGUGGGCCUGCCGCAGGUGUCCGGGGACGAGCAGCGCCGCCUUUGCUCCUCCGACCAGAAAUACGGGGGCGGCGAACAGGGACUGGGGCUCGGUAUCUCACUCACUACUUAUGGAUCGGUGGCCUAUCAAUUGAAAGACGCCAAUUUAGAAGCGUCUGGAACAUGCGAUUUUGUCUGCAAAGCAUUGAGCAUCGUCAAUAAAACAGUGGUUGUUACGAUCGUUCUGGUGUGCUUAUCCACUCUACCUCUACUAAUGCUUAUCAUGGGUAUUCAAUUCCUGAAAGACUGCCCCAGAGAGCCCUACAUUCCCAUCUACAUGGUGGUUGGGGGCAGUGUGGGCUGCGUGAAAAUGGGGCUCACCCUCUACAACCAGCUGCACACCCGUCGGAUGGACGCUUCCAGCACAGCUAACGCCGCUUCCAUCGGCUCGAGAGUCGCUUCGAUCGCCCUCACCGGAUUCCUGAUCAUCUGGUUCAGUUUUGGCAACUACUGGGUCUUGAGGAUCAAAUGGCCGGACUAUGCUCCCACAUUAUUCGAGCCGAACCAUUGGUGCCAUCGCACUUUGUACGUGUUUGCGUUGGUUCAUCUCUGUGUGGUGUAUUCGGUGAUGGGGUGUGUGGUGGUGUUAAUGUUGGUGUUGGCUGGAUGUCAAAUGUUUGGGUGCCCUUGGCUUGGACCGGCAAGGUACAAAUAGCACAAUCCGCCUGAUUACUUCGAACUGUGGGACAUGCCCAGGACUUACCACUGACUUGCUCAAGGUUUGAGUUUUAUCGCUUCCAUUCUAACAAUUACGAUCUCUUCUUGAAUAACUUAACUCGUAAUGGAUCUAGAAAAUGCUUCAACGACUAGAUUACUCGAAAAGAUUGUAGAUAUUUAGUGAUAAUGUCAAUUAGCGUAACAUUGUAGGUAAUACUCUCUAUUAACAUUGAUAUAUUUUUAUUAAUACUUUAUAACCGCUUGUAAAUCUUAUGAUAAAAAGUACAGACGGUCCCAGUGAAAUGCUAGUGUCUACUACUGAUUUCUAAAUGUUAAAAUACUGGGUGUGCAACCUUACGCGCAGCCAAGAAAAUCGCGACUUUUAAUGAAAUAAAAAUCCUAAAAUUUUACACACCAGCCUGUACAUUGAUAAGGAACAUUCUCGAUUUUUAUUAAAUUUUUUUAUUAUUAAAUAAAGUCGUAGUAGUUUUGUGAGUUUUUGGGCACUAACUGUUAAUUUGACUACAAAGUUUUUAGACCAAAUGACUUGCUAGCCCAUCGAACGCUGGUUUCAGAAUAAAUUUUUACUUGAUUGGUGAAAUAUCGAUCUUUUUUAUUUAGACGCAAACCAGACGCGUGAUUCAUUAGAAGAUGGUAUAAUUUGCCAACAAAGGGAUCAGUUACCAGUAGCUGACCUUUUUGAAGCCUCUUAUUUACAGUCUUGCAAUAAAACUGAUGCCUGCAUUGAAAUAUCCCAACGAAAUCUUUUACAAUCUUACCUCAAUUACAGUUCACAUUGUCACCUAAAUUUACGACGCCACAAGUAGCAACUCAUAAAUAAAAAUAAUUUUUAAAGUUAAAAUGUAAAAGUGCGUUUAAUUCAAAAUCUAGUUGGUAUUUUUCUUCGCUAAUUUCGUAAACAAUUAUCUGAAGUGAAUACGCGUGGUUUAGUAUCAAAUUUUGAAUUUGACUUUUUGGUCGAAAAUUACUUUUUUUUGAUUUUUCUGCAAACGAAAAAUUACCAAAAAAUUAGGGGAGAUACCUUUCGAACGUUAAGUUAGGCGUGUAAGAUACAAUAUUUUUUAUUUAAUUAAAAAUCGCGAUUUUCUUAGGUUCGCGAUAAAGUUGCCCACCUAGUAUUAAUAAAAAAUUCGAAAAAUUCAGAUACACUAAUUUUUGUUUUUAGAACAAGAAUCAAAUUUUUUUUUUUAUUAAACUAGAACGAAAGAAUCAGCAAAUUUGUCCAGAAAUGAGCAUAAAUUUACUUUUUCUAAGCGUUUAUUCAGCAGAAACUCAAUUACUCCGCAAAAUUUUUCUAAAUAAAAAGUAAGCCAAUAAAUCACAGAGUUAUGUUAAAAAUGACAUUAUGUUUGCAACUUCUGAGGGUUUAAACACGUUUUUGGACUAAAAGUCAAGUUUUUUCUUGUUUUCUUUAAACUAGAUCGAAAAAAAAUACCUACUAAAAAUUAUUUUUUUUAUGCAUUUAUUUCGCAAAAACUCUGUUAUUGCGCAAAAUUUCCUAACAGUAAGCCAAUAAAUUAUGAAAAAUGAUAUUAUUUUUGCAAGUUAUGGAGAUUAAAACAUGUUUUUAGACCAUAAUUUACGUUUUUUUCCUGUUUUUAUUAAACUAAAACGAAAACAUCAUCAACUUUGGCGGAAAAUGUUCAAAAAAUUACCUUUUCUAAGCGUUUAUUCAGCAAAAACUCAAUUAUUGCGCAUUUUUUUAAAAUAAAAUGUUAGCUAAUAAAUCACAGAAUUAUGUUAAAAAUACAUACUUUUUGUAAAUUUUGAGGAUUUAAACACGUUUUUAGACCAAAAGUUAAGUUUUUUUCUUGAUUUCAUUAAACAAGAACGAAUAAAAAUACCAAAUUUGAUUAAAUAUACUUAAAAAAUUUUCUUUUCUAAGCGUUCAUUUUGCAAAAACUCAAUUAUUGUGCAAAAUUUCUUAAAAGUAAACCAAUAAAUUACAUAAUUAUGUCAAAAAUGACAUUAUUUUUGCAAGUUCUAAGAAUUAAAACUCGUUUCUAGACCACAAAUUACGUUUUUCCCCGUUUUUAUUAACCCAGGACGAAAAUCAUCAACUUUGAUGGAAAAUGUCCAACAAUUUACUUUUUUUAAGCGUUUAUAGUGCUUAUACAGAUAAAACUUUAUAUUUAAGUUACAAAAUCCAUAUGUAUAAACAGUAUUUACUAACCUAAUACCUAUAACAAAGUAAGUACGCGAAAUAUCUAAAGAAAAACAAGAUUAACUUUAAUUAAAUUUGAAUAUUUAGUUAUUUAAAUAUAAUUUAACAUUGUUUUUUUUGCAUAUUUUGAGUGUUAUUUUGUUAUUACAUAGGUUAGUUAAUACUGUUUACACAUUGAUUUUGUAAUUUCUUUCUAUAAUAACAAUAUAAUAAUAAUAAUAAUAACAAUUAAAAUUAAGCAAAAUUCUUCUAGCUUUAAGGCUUAAGGGGACGACAGACUUAAACCAUGUGUACGACAAAGACAUGUAUAAUGAAAAUAAUUUUUCUAUUUUUAGCGAUAUUUGUAAUUUAACUUUAAAUCGAAAAAUGAAACUGGGUUUUUUAAACAGUUUUAAACAGCAAAUGCGCCAAAGUAACACUUUAAAAAAAAAUAACUAUUUUUUUAUUUUUUAUUUUUUUUAAUUUUGAAAGAAAUAUUUAUUGGUAUUCAUGUAAGGAUUAUCGUUCUAAUUCUUUGAACUCAAUUUAGUAAUGCCUCAAGCAUUAUUAUUGUUUUUUUCUUUUUGAAGUAAUGUUUAUUUGUUACUUUUGUUAGUAGUUUUUGUGUUUCUUUUUUAUUGCUCAAAAAUGGAAAAAAUGGGUAAAUGAUCAAAAAUUUAGAAUACGUCAAAAUCUACUUUUUACUUUGGAAAACUGUUGGUUAAAAUUUAAUUUGAUUAUUUUUGGUAAAACAUAAAUUUGUUAUGAAGAUUUUUGAUAAUGAAGUUUAAUAUUUUUUAUUCAUUGAUAAUAAUUACUAGAAGAAGUUUGAGUGCAUACAGAUACAGAAAAAAAUACAUAGUUCUAAAAAUUUUGCGUAGCAUCUAAAUUUAUGAAAGACAGACAAAACAAAUCCUUUACCAAAUAACUUCUAGAUAUUGUUGAUAAAUUUUUAUUUAAUAGCUACAAAAUUUAAUGUAGCUACUAAAAACUUUUUGUUCAUGUUUGUUAAUAUCAGGUAGACCGUUUUUCCCAAGACGUAAAAUAUAAAAGACAAAUGCUUCUCUGUCCAAAUAACGUGACGACAAUUUUUUUUUAAUAUUUCUUAUUUUAAAAAUUUAUAUUUUUUUUUAAAAUACGUCAUAAAAUAAAAAAGAUUACAUUGGCGUAAAUUUAAUUACGAUUCUAUGAUCAAAAAAUUUCGUUUCCGAAAAAAGUGAAUAGAUAAAAAGAUAACAGAAAAAUAAAUUCCGCACCAUCUGACAGUUUAUGAACACACUAAAACGUAAUGCAGAGAACGUUGAAUAGAUGAGAAUGAUUAACGAGUUAUUAGGAAAUUAAUUUAAGAGCAGAAAAUGUAACAACAGUGGAAAUAUUUUAAAGACGACUCUGUUGGCGUGGAUAUGGGACUACAUCAAGCCACUAUUUAAAACAUUUUUAAAAAAUGUGCUCUAAAUGCAUUAAACAAAAAUUUUUGGAUUUCUUCUAAACCCAUGCGUUAAAAAUUGGACCUGAAAAAAUAGAUGGAACACACCUAGAGCAAAAGGGCUACAGAUUAUACUCACAUUAAAAUAAUAAUAAAUAACUAAAAUUUUUGGCAUUUGUUUUUAAAAAUUAUUUUUACUCUCAUUUAUGGUCAAAGCAUUAACUUCUACAAAAAAUAAACUUAUAGAGAGUCUUCUUUUCAAAAAAAAAACAUAUCUCUAUACCUUCAACCGUUUACAUUUAAAUGUUUGAUCGGUAAAUACGAGUAUGAAAUGAAUCCGUCACUUGUACGGCUGUGGUGGUUUUGGUUGACAGAAAUAUGGUUUCGCAAAAUUUUCGUAGAAAUUUUAAUCUUCAAAAUUUUUCUUAUGUCACUAACCGUAUUCGCAGCAUUUUGUUUUGUUUUAAAUUUGUAUUAUACAGGGUUAUUCACAUAAGACUUCGAGUUUGUUCAAGUAUUGUAGCAACGUUUUGUUUGAGCACCAUAAAGUUUUACAGCACUUAACGCUGUUUAUCAGUUUGUCAAUCCCCGCAAUAAGAUGUUUUGUCAAGGAUAACCUGAAGAAAUUUACGAUACGAUCGAAUCGUCUGAAAGACUACAGCCUGUCUGCAAUAAAUCACAAUAAAGCUUGCCUCGUGGUUUGGGAAAAUCUCAAUAAAAUUUAAUGGUGUACAAGCAAAACGUUGCAACAAUAAAAUGCAACUUUACAAUGCAUAAGUCCAGAUUCAAAAUUAAAUUAAAUUAAAAUUAAUUAAAUUAAUUAUGAGUUAUGACUUUACCAGGAAUUCAGUUAGCUUUAUAAUCUGUCUGUAUGUUGUAUUUUUUAUUUGGUCGGUUCGGAGUUUUGUAUGUAUAAUCCUGUAUUAAUUUUAGUUGUCAAUUUUACAUUACUUAAUAAGUAUUUUCUACCUUUUUUAAGAUAAAAGUUUUUAGUUUAAAAGAUUUUUUUAGGUAAAAGUUAAAUUACUUCAAGGGUGAUUUUCAUCAAUCUCAAUUAUAUUUAUUAGUAGAAUAAAUUUACAGAAACGAUUGUUAUAAUCAUAGUAACGAUUGUUUUUAACUGUUAAUUCAACCAACGUUAAUGAAACCGACCUUAAAACAAUUUUUGAGCUGAGAUAAUCAAUCAAAACCCUAAAUUUUUGGCUGCAGAAAACGGAGUUUAUUUUAUAUUUCUUUUGUCCUUUUAAUAUUUAGUUCCCCCUAUCUUGUUUUUGGAAGCAUUUUUAAUAGUAAUUUAAUAAGUGUGGUAUAUCGUUUACUAAAAAACUUUUUUACUUGACUUCAGUACUCAUAACAUAAGGUUUUUCAUUGACCUAUGAGUAUUAAAUAAUUUUAGAAGCAGUAGAUUGUUAUCUAUGAUUUUCAAGUGCAAAUUUUUCAAGAUCUUAACAUUUAUAAGUCAGUAACAGACUUCAUCACAACUCUCUGGGAUACUCUGUAUAUGUUUUGAGAAGCUAAACUUUACAUAGGUAGUCCAUAUUUUAUUCUCAUCCUUGCAAAAAACACUUUAUUUAGAUGUUAUGAAAUAGUCCAAAAUCUAUGAUUUUGAUUUGGUUUAUAACGCGAAAACUUCAAACGUUUUUUAUAAAUAAAUCUGUUACAACUAAUUCUGGGGUCCUAAUUGAUUUAUAUACGAGUACGUCAAAAUAAGUUGCCAUUUAAUUGCUAUUUAAAUAAUUUGGAGAAUCAUAAUUAAAUAAGUUUAUAGUGCGAUUAUUUUUAGCAGUUUCUUGUUGUUUUUCCUCUCAAAAAUUUCGGUCUAUUAAUAUUACACUCUGAACAAUCUAUGAGUGAUUAUUAUUAGUCAUUAAUAACGUGAAAGGAACAAUUUGUCACCGCGGAGUUACAGAAGAUUUAUGGAAACAUCUUACCUCACAUUUGUGGGUCUUUAUAGAAUUAAGUGAAUAUUAUCAAACGUCAUAAAGAAAAUCAUAGCUGUGACAUCAAAAUAAGGAUUAAAAUACUUCAAUUUUUCUGUUACUAUUUUUAACAGACAAGUUAAUAAGGACUACUAAUUAUUGAAACAAUCCAAUACACAGUUGGCAACAAAAUAUUUAAUCAACUUUAGCAACUUUCUAAAAGAUUCCAUUUUAUACAAGGUGAUUUAAAAAUAUCGAUCCAACCAACACUCGAAUGGUAAUCUAAUCAUAGAUUAUAGACGUUUUAUUAACUUUUUUCUUUACUUGUUAACUACCUAAUUAGUUGUAAUUUUAUUGGUGAUUUUUUUCAUUGUUGCCAGAUCUGCGUUUUCGCUAACUAAGUUUAAAAAAAAGAUUCAAUCUAACCUUAAAAAGCUCAAACAAUUGUUUUUUACUACAUCCCCAAAAAAAUGGUCUAAGAAACUUGAAAGCACCAUGGGAAAGAUCUAGGCUUUUUCUUAAAAUGACCUGAAAAAUAUUUUAUCCAUUUUUGAACUGGAAGGUGCAGUUCAAAAAAAAAAAAUUAAAAACCCUAAACAUUUCGUAGACGGCUAAGUUUUGGUAUAGCUUAUGAAAUCUAUCUGAAAAUAAUUUAAAAUAAGGAAUUUGAUAGCGACUUCCGGUGUAACGGAAGUGUCGCCAUGUUGAAAAUAUUUUCAUUUAGCAGAACCUAAGAGAUUAUGAUUGUACACAAAUUUUCAGAUGACUUUCAUUACUAGAAUUGCCAUUACUUCUAAUGUGGGGUUUAGACGGAACACCCAGUAUACAUAUAUUACCUGUUUCAAGACUAUAGAUCUUAGUUACUAAUGAUUAGAUCUCUUCUUAUUGAAUGUAUAAAUUAUAUUGGCUAUUAUUUUUUUGAAGUGCGUGAAAAUGCGACGUUGGCGUUUUUAUAGUUUUGAAACAGCUAAUAACUAUUUGUAGAUAGUUGUUUAUAAGUGGGAAAUUUAAUUUUAAUAACAUUAUAAUACCUGAGAAUCAAACAUGGACUACUUGGUUAAUAUUUAACUGUAAGUUGCAUGUUGCCGUUAUGCUAACCGCUGCCUCAAAUAUCAAGUGAUUAAAGUUUAGUUGUACAAGUUUUAGGUCAUUUAAAUAAUUUCAUUAAUUACUUGAAAUUAUUUGAAACAGUCUUAUGUUGAUUAUGUUCUGUAAAUUUAAAUUUGCAGCGAGAAGCGAAGAGAAGUAUCUUAAACUGUGCAGCUUUAUUAAAUAAACAUUAAACUACCAACAAGUUAAAACUUUGUACAGUUAGAUAAGUGAAACGUUGGGAUUGUUUCCUCAGACACUCCUGCUAUGUGAGUUUAGACAUGAGUUACAAAUGUUUUCUGCGAUAAAGUUUCCUCAACCAUUGAAAAAAUAAACUCUUUUUUUGCAAUUUUUGCUUACUUAUUAAUUGCACGAGUGUUUGAACUAGACACUCAUGGCUUGCUUGAAAGGAUUUUUCUCCAUAAAAGUCCAAUUUGCUUUAAUACAAGGGUUCGCGAAACGGGUUAAUGUUAUGCUAUGUCAACAUUUACGGUCCAAUGACAGCUUAUUUCCGGGAACAAUUACAAACAUUCCUCACAUGUUCAUUACCUUGUAUAUGAAGGCUUUCUCUUAACUUUUGCUAUCGUACGCCUGGAGCAUUUCUGGACGUAUUUUGAUAUGAGAUUUUUUAAUAAAUGGACAAGGAAGAGGCCUUUGAACAAGUUUUCUUAUUAUGUGGAUUCUAUUUACAACUGCAUAAUCAACAGGGUUGGGUUGGGAACACCAAGAACUUAAAAACCGUAGAUCCAUUUUCAUGCUUUUUGUAACAUUUUAGGCUUAAGCGCUAUUUGUAUAAUUAAUUAUUAAAUGGAUGUGUAUGCUGUGCAAGAUUUCAGUUUGUAUUUUAUAAAUAAGCCGUCGUUGUAGACGACGGAAUCGCGGUCCAGGCUUUAAAAUAACGAGAUAUUAAACUAGAAAUAUCAAAGACAGAUUCUUUUACAACUAACAGUGGGAUUUUCCAAAAAAAAAACAAGAACACAAGGAAAUUGUGUUUUCCUUUAUCAACACUAGUUGUAAACGAUCUGUUCUGCUUUGUACAUAGGGUCAUAUAAUAAACAAUCUGUAUAGACAUACAGGGUGUCGCAAUGAUUUGAAAAAACCUAUUAUUGACAUUUAAACUUAAUUUAAACCAUAAAACCGUAGCAGCAUUUCCGAAAAGUAUUUUCAAAUAUACAGCUACAAUGUUUUCAAAUGGAACAGCCGAAAUUUUGCAUUUUUGUUUGUAGCUUUUAAUACAAAUGAUCUUGAUCUAAACUUGAAUAGGGUGAUUCUGUUUAGUACUUUCGUGGUAAUUUCACUACUUUAAAGGGGAAAGUUCAAUUGUUUAGCACAUUGCAAUUAGAAACAUAAAAAAUUAAGUUGGAUAACUUAAACAAGUUAAUCCUCAUUUUGUUGUUUUUCUUUCUUAAAAAUUAUUAAAAUGUCUGUCUAAAAAUAUAAAGUUUUAAAUGUCUAAAGUUAAUAACUAAAAAGAUAUUUGACUUUAAAUGUUAAUUUCACAACAAUAAUAACUCCACCAUCAGUAAAGUAAAGAAAAAGAAAAUAAAAUAGAAAAAAUGUUUCCAGAAACAAAUAAAAAAAUUGCUGGUUUGAGUCAUUUUUGAAAAAAAUUUUGACACCAUAAUAACAUUUCUGACGUCAUGUUUUUAAUAAUGAGAUCAUUUUUAUUUUUGCUUAACGACAAAUGUCAUUUUGUAUUAAUUUUUGAGAACACAUUUUUACCUUUUUGUUAAGAACAACAAGCAAGAUUCAAAAAAAUAAAUAAAAACAUUAUGUUAUUUGGAUUUUGUGUUACAGGGAUGAAUACUUUUUUGUGUUUUUUUUGCAUUUAUAUGUAAGUUUAAGUUUUCAUGGUAAUUUUACAAAAAAAAAUAUAGAAAACAAUUGCCGCUUAUAAUCUUAUAAAAUAAGUCAUGAACAAAAACAUAUUGCCCAAUAUGUUUAACUAUAAUUUUUUUUAUCCUAUUAAAUAUUUUUUUUUAUUACCAGGUAGAUCAAGAUGUGUAAAAUGUUGGUUGUCAUUUAGAAAAAAUCAGAGUGACGUCACAACUAAAAAACGAAUGACAUCAUAAAUGUCACUAUGAUGUAAAAUAUAGAUCUCGAGGAUUUUUUUUUGAAAAAUGACUAACAAGAAGAUAUGAAGUUUGUGCGUUAUUUUUCGUACAGUUUGUAAAAUAUUUUGCACUUUGCAAUAGGGUGAUCAUUUGAAUUUAUAAUUAGAGUAGGCUUUAUCGGUUUUUUAAUUUGGAUGAAAAGUUCAUUUGUGAUAAUUAAUCAAGUUGAGGGGAUAAAUAAUAAUGUUUUGAAUGAUAAUAUUCAAUUGGAAUAUAUUUUAUUCUUCAAUUUGUAAUAGUUUACAAAUCAUAAAGACAAAAAACCGCCUACUCUAAUUAUGAAUUCAAACAUGGUACAUCUUUUCUAAGUCAUACUCAUAAGUGAAGAAUUUCCCAUAAAGAACUAACCUAUCUGGUGGAUAUAUUCAAUGAUAAUAGUUAUAAUAAUAAUAUUUAUUUAUUUGAUGUAAGGAAGAUUAUUGCAAAAUAAAAAAUAUAAUAAUUUAAAAAAUAAAAACUUGCAUAAAACAUUCUUUACGUUUUCCAAGAUGUCAGUUUGAAUAAGAAAAGUGUGUCACCAGAAAAACUGUUAGUAAGUUAGUAUGUUUAACAUGCUUAACAUAAUAUUUUGUCUCUACGUCUCACAUUUAUAUUAAAUUUGAUUUUUUUUAUAAAUAAUUUAGUUGUUUGUUUAUAAAAUUUACAUUUUAUCUAAUCUCACAAGUUUAACGUCCUCCAAAAAUUGAAAUUUAUAAGAGUGGAAAAUUACUGGGAAAGGACCAUAAAUGAAACCAAAAGAGAGUUAUGCAACGUUUCGUUUUAUGGCAUAAGAUAUCAUCAGGUUGAAAAACAGGUUAUUAUAAACAUCGAUAAUUUCAAAAAUAUAAAUCUUACCAAUCAAUCUUAUAAGUAACAUUAAAUACAAUAAUGUUUUACAGAUGACAUAAUUAAAAUGUAAAUAAAAAUGUGGCAUCGACACGCAGCAACGAUGAAGUUCAAACAAAGAAUGAGCUGAAGGGGAAGUCAGUGCCACUAUCUUUCCAAAAAAAAUUUUAUAAAAACUGACACGAAAUACAAAAUUAAAUAAUAUAAUAAAAAUUCAAAUUUAGUCAAUACAUAAAAAACAAAGACUUAAAAUCGACAAUAUGGAUCACGGUAUGAUAUGUUAUAAAAUCCUAAAAUUUUAUUAUGUUUAAACAGUAAAAAAUUUAUGAAAUUUAUGAAUAUAGCUUAAAUUUUGUGUCUAUUCUGAAAUUUACUAAAUUUUUAACUGUAUUAAUAAACAACAUUUCAGAAACCAACCUAUUAGACUAAACUUUUUAUGUCUAUUAUUUAAACGUAUGCUGCGAUAGAGCCUUUUUUUCCAAAAUUAGCUAAGUUAACAGGUUUACCAUCAUUUGUUUUUUAAUUUUUGUAUCGUUUGACUAAUCUAACAGUGCUGACAAUGUUUACAAUUAAUCUUAAAAACAACGUGAAAUCAUUCCACAAUUGAAAUAUUAUCUUUUAAUUUUACAAAUAAUUUAUUAAGUGUUUUUUUUGGUUUCAUUUAUGGUCCUUUCCCAGUAAUUUUGAAAUUGUUGUGUUUUAAAUUUAACUUGUAUGUUGCAAAUCACAAGUGUUCAUAACAAUUGUUCUGGUCAGAUCGCCUAUGUGUGGCAAUUGUCACAAAAAACGUAUGUCUUGGUUAACAUUACAAAACAAUGACAGAUGACAGCUGUCAGUGGUGUCAGUGUCAGACCAAAAAUUCACACCUUCAUCUGAACUUGAAGAGUAAAUUCUUGAACGUCUGCAUACAAUUAUCAUGAUUUGCAAUCCGAUUUUUAUCAAAAACUCCUAAAUGCAAAAAUAAGAGAACAUUUAAACAGUUGGCAGCAAACCAUAUGAACUUAUCAUGCAACCUACGUUCAUGCUAGAAAGAGAAAACCACAGCAAACCACGACCAGAACAAUUAUUGAACACUUGUUAUUUGUGAAGAAUAAUUUAAGUCAGAUAAUACAAGGGUUUUCCUUCACAUAAAAGAAUUUUCUGUUUUACUGUAAAAUACGUUUUAUAUGAUAAAAAAUUUUAGUGAAGGCGAAUUAUCUUUUCAUUCUUUUUGUAAUGUGAGUUUUAAUCGAAAAGAAUUUUCAAGUACCACACUCUGGGCUUUUGUGCUCGUCUACUACUGGUACAAUUAUUAUUAGGACAAAAAGGAGGACAGCGGACCUAUUAGAAUUUAAAAAAAAACUAUGAUUGUGUUAUUUUUUAAAUUGCUUUUGUAUCCUUAUUGAUUUUCCUCAAAGCUUUACUGAUUUUUGUUGUUGGAAAACUGAAGUAUACUUGACUGUCAUCAUUCAUCACCUAAAGGAGUAUACAACCAUAUUUUAAAAUAUUGUAAAAAUGGAUAUUUAUUGAAAAUAAGAAAGGUCCUAAUAUAGACCCUUGAGGCACUUCCUUAGUUGACAAAAUUUGAAACUGUAACCGUUAAUUUUACUCUUUGUAGUCUAUUUGAAAGAUAACUUUUUACGAGAUUAAUAGUUUCAGAACUAAAACCACAUUUGUUGGUACAUUUUCAAUAAUUUUAGACAGGACAGCUGAUAGUUCUGAGAUCUAAAUUCCUGAGGAUUCAACUGGCAAUAAACUUCUUCAUUUUUUAUCUUCUUGAUCGCCGUAAGUUAAGAGAAAUUAUAUCCUUAAAGCUUCAAUUUUUUUCUUUAAAGUGGCGCAAGUUCUACUUGUCUAGAAUUCUUAGUUUCAUAUAAACAAUUUUCAAAAAAGAGUGUUCGUCAAAAUUAUUAAUGUUAAAAGCUACAUCUAAAAAUGUGAAAAAAGAUAAUUGUGUAUUGUAGUUUAUUUCGCAAAUACCAUGUAUAUUUGAAAAUAAUUUUAGGUGAGUCAGGAGGUUAGUAUCUACGGCUUUUGUAGAAAAAAAUUCCAACUGUCAAUAAUGGACUUUUCCACUUGUGGGACACCUUGUAUGCUAUUUUUAUGUCACUUAGUGUAAAAAGAUAUAUUAAACAUAUGAUGACAUAACGUAGCUACAUGUAUGUAUAAACACAUCGAAAAAAGUCGCAACUAUUAUUGUAUUAGACAAGUUAAAACGUCAGUUAUUCCAGAUUAAUCACACAUUGUUUUCUUAAGCCGUUGGAGUUGUUUUAAAUAAAUUUUUAAGGGUUGGCAGUGGCAACAGUUGUGGUCAUUCGAGGGACCAAUAUAUAAAAAGAAAUGGCUUAAAAUAACGAUUAAUCUGUAAUUUAGUGACUUUGUACUAAUCUAAUACAAAGCUAUGUGAAUUAUUAUUGCGGGGUAUUCUUAUAUAAUGCGAGUUAAUGUAUGUAUAAUGUAUGUAUAGUGUAGGAAAUUUAUAUGCUGCGUUUAAGAAAUGUAUAGUUUGUAGCAUGUUGGAUAGAUUGACAUAUAAUAUAACAGAAUAUAUUUUAUAAUGACUGUCACAAUUAACAAUCAAAACUGUUCUGUAACGUUAAUGUUUAUUAUACGUAUAUCUGUUGGAGCUGUGAUAAUUGCUACAUAACACAUCAUUGAUUUGAUGCGAUGAAAACAUUUCGUUUGUAUGUUUUAUUUAUUAAAAUAAAAAUAUAUCGCUCUA